CGUGACCUUUGGGCUCGAGCCAGUCGCCCGUAAGAUUGGCAGCGAUGGCGCGCGCAGGCCACGCGUCCUGGCGCCUGGUCAGGUCUCUGACGGCCGCGCCAGCGGUGCGGCGCGCUGCGGGCUCGUCGGGCCUGCCUGCGGGGAUCUGCACGCUGCUUCUGCCUGCUCGUCGCGCGGCUGUGCUGUGCGUCGGGCGCCCAGGCGCGGGCAGCCGAUGCAUCGGCGCUACGGCGUGCAGCCGUGGGAUUGAGGACGACGAGCUGAGGCAGCGGCUCCACGACUUCAACGAGCAGUUCGCCGAAGCGCGGCUCUGCCUGUCCGAUGCCUCGGAGUCAAAGGACACAACGUAUUUCGCGGACGACAUCGAGGAAGCCAAGGAGGCUGUCGACAAGACGGUUGAGCUGUACGAGUCAUUGUUGUCUGCCCUGGGCGAGGAGAAGAGGGCCGAAGUGGAGUCGGCGAAUAGCCUGAAGGUCCGCAGCUUCAUGGAGGAG